CUCCCGAACGACGAACAGAAAUUUGUAAAUUUGACGUUUGACAAGCCGUGGCAUUUACCGGUGUUGUAAACUAUAAAUUCCUUGUGCGAUAUAUUUACGAGUGCGUUGUCGAACAUUUUUCCGGGCUGUGAUAAAAUGGAUAACAAAGAUUUUAUAACAAACGGACGGGAUCGCUCCCCCGGUGAGUUGCCCCAAAUUCGUCGCGAGAAGGACUCCCUAGACGAUUUCGAGCAUUUGGGCCUCGACAAUUCGCCUUUGCAAGAAUCUUUAAAAGAGGGAGCGAUCGGGGUGAGUAAGUCUGCAGACGCACGUGAUGUUUUAGGGGGGAUCGAUAAAGCACUAGAUUUGCCAGUAACGAAAGUAACUGACGACGACAUCUUCGACCCCUUAAAAAAGGAAGUGCGAAUGGAUUCCAAUCUGUUAGAAAUGGGCGAUUCUGCGAUUACUGAUAAUAAGCAAGAGGACGAAAAAUUAGAUAGAUUUCUGAGUGAGUUGACGAGUGCACCCACCGUUCCUUCGCAUGACGUCUCACCCUUCGAUAACGAACAUAAGAUCUUAUUGGAUGGCUUUAAGAGUGCCACGCAAAGUUUUAUGGAAUUAGAACGGGGAGACGUACCGGCGCCCGUUAAGACAAGCACUAAUAACGACGAUGACCGGUAUGAAACGUACAAUGACCCUGAAGUUCAAGAAGCACAAAGUGUAACAAAUGUGAGUGCCAAAACGCCAGUAGAUCACAUUCCAAGCGAUUUCCACACAGAAAUAGUAAAGGAGGAUGAAAUCACACCACCAGUCAAAAGUAAUAUCUUGGAAUCAGUACCCGAAGUUAAAAAAGUCGAAAAACUAGAGGCGCCAAUCCCCGAGCAGCCGCCUACAAUUCAAGAGCUUCCAAGACAAGUUACCCCCGAACCGAAGAAGGUUGAGCAGGUGGCAUCCGUCGAGGCUCAACAGAAACCCGCAAUCACCGACGCCGAGGCUAUUUUUAAGAAAAUGGGCCUAGAUGCAUGGUUUCAUCCUGAAAGGCUUAAUCCCAAAGUGGAAAGCCUAAUCUACUGGCGCGACCCGAAGAAGUCUGGCCCAGUGUUUGGUGGUUUCCUAGUCGUACUUUUAGCGUUAACUUAUUUAUCACUUAUUAGCGUGGUUGCUUAUGUGUCUUUACUGGCAUUGACUGCUACAAUUUCCUUCCGUAUAUACAAGAAUAUAGUUCACGCCGUACAAAAGACAGGCGAUGGACACCCAUUUAAAGAGUUCUUGGAAACAGAUCUAUCACUACCUCAGGAAAAGGUGAAAGAAGUGGUGGAGGUAGCCAUUGCACAUAUUAAUGGGGGACUAAACGAGUUACGCCGUUUAUUUUUGGUCGAAGAUCUUGUGGAUUCUAUCAAGUUCGCCGUACUCCUAUGGUGUCUCACCUAUUUGGGAGCUUGGUUCAAUGGAAUGACUCUUGUAAUAAUCGCAUGGGUGGCUCUUUUCACGCUCCCGAAAUUGUAUGAAACUAACAAGACGCAAAUUGACGCGAACUUGGACCUUGUCAGAUCCAAAGUGGCAGAAAUUACAUCAAAGGUUAAAGGGGCAAUACCAAUCGGUAAAAAAGUGGAAGAGAAGAAGGAGCAAUAGAUUAUCUAUAACUGACUACAUAGUAACUAAUUAUCAAGCUUAUUUUAUACCACUUCGAUGCUCAGUUAAAUUCUGAACUGCACGUAUCCUACCUAUACCGUAUUCAAGUUAUGUAUAUAUUACCAAUUUUAAAAUGUUUUGUUUAGUGAUAUUGUUUUUAUAUGAUACAAUAUUUUGAUGAAAAAAUGCAUCUGCUUACAUAUUAUAGAUCACUAUUUAAGUUAUAGAUUUAAUAAAACCGUUACGUCUGUUUUA